AUGGAUCCCCUCUCCAUCUCCGCCUCGGUGGCCGGCCUUAUCACAAUAUCGACUCAAAUCCUAAGCCUCGUCGGUGCGAUCAAGUCCAAAAACAACAAGGGUUUGGAAUCCCUCGCGCGUGAAGUUGUGGCUGUUCGUGGAAUCCUCUGUCAGAUUCAACAGAUUAUCCAGUUUCAAUCCACCAAGCCGACCAAAAGCGCAGAAUGGCUGGAGGCGCUCAACAACACUUUAGACAAUUGUGGAGCCACAUAUCUCACGCUUCAGAAAGAGUUGCAGGGGCUACAAUCGAACUCAAAGCUUGAUUCUUUGAAGAUGAAAGUGAAGUGGACACUGAAGGAGAGUGAUAUCCAGGACAGAAUGAGAAGUCUGGAAAGCUACAAACUUUCCCUGGAUCUGUUGCUUUCUGUCCAGACUAGUACUACUACAACAAAUAUCGAGGAAAUCCUUAUUCAGGUUCAGAAGAAACUGACACUAAAACCCGAGGAAUCUGCUGUUGUGAAAACACCUCUCUCAUGGCGACAGAAGCUAGCAGGUCUUGAUCCAGGACAGGCUGACAGGCCGAAAAAGGAGGAUACGGGGGCAAUCUCUCCUGCACUUGGAAGUAGUGCCAGCUCGGCGACUCUGGAUUCUGAUAUGUCCCAUGUGAUCACCGGUCCCAAGACGACUGGCUGGGAUGAACCAGGAUUCUACGGUCUCAGUCAAGAUGAGGGUCAACAAGCCCCUGAUCUCAACAGCUCUGAUCUGACUUUGGUGUGUGAAUUCAAAAUUGGAAAGCAGAAAAUCAGUCUGGUCUGCAACUGGGAUGACCCAUCACCGGCAAACGAAUCAGUGAAGCCCAUACAAUUACAUAUCUUAUUUAAGGGACCCUUUAUCGAUGAUAACACUACAUCGCUUUUUUUUGCUCCGACUGGAAAGUCCAGUCUCAUAAUUGCACGAUGUGAUGUGAAGGGCCUCGCCUGCUCACUUGAUGAUAUCUCGGGACAGGAGUCCCCAGAGGAUUAUCAUCUUGCACUAGGAGGUUACGCUCUUAAAUCAAGUACCAAGAUCGAACAAAUAUUGGUGAAUUUUGAAACCACUCGCGAUCGCGAGGACUUCCUGGGGCACAUGUAUGCCGCUCAAUACUUUCAGCGUAUGGAGACUGCUUUUGGGAUGCCUAACAAGCUUUACCAUGAUUCGAAUGUCGGAAAAAGAAUUCAGCAUGUUCAGGUAGGAUAUGCAGAUGGUACGGAGAAAUCCUACAUUUAUCCGUAUCUCUCAGUAGAAUACAGCCUGGAAGAUCAAGCUCCGCGACUCACAUGCACAACAAAGCCGAUGGAUCACGUCGGAGUCUUUCAUGAAGAGUUGUCGACCCUUGAUAUGCAGAUAGUAGGGGAUGAGACUAUCGUCUGCACCACUGCAGAUGGGAAUAAAAUCCGCACAAUCUCGAUCACCUUUGGAUAUUUGGGUGAGGCUAUACAUAUGUACAACCGCUUGCAAGAUGUUGUACGUGGGUGGACCGCGAUGAGUACGAAAAAUAUUACUGAAUAUGAGAUCAAGAAGGAAUGGAAACCCCGAAAACUGGAGUUCUGGGAGGGAUCUAAAGCUCCAGGAGAACCAUUCCAUAGCGUCAUUGUGGUUGCCAAAACAGACCGUUCCCUCAAGAGACUGAUGAUGGAUGUUUACGAUAUGACUCGGACCGAGAAGUUGGCUACUUUCUAUGUGAUGACAUAUUCUGUACUCUUCCACAAGCGCCACAUGCGAGCAUCCUCGCCUGAUUUCUUUACCGCGCCCGUUAUGCAGACCGGCUUCUGGGAUCUCAGAAACGGCGGUGAUACAUCGGAAGAAAACUUCCGGGCAGGCCAGGUGCGAAUGUACGGGCCAAAUGAAAAGCAGCUAUGCGAGCAGCUGGAGGAUUUUGUAGAGGCCAUGAUGAAGGAUAGUCAGGAUGCCCUGAAAAAGGUCAUGAUUGAGAUUAAUCGGGAUUGA